GCUAUGAGCCACGUGCAAGUCGACAACUUGCGCUUAGUUCUUCACGAACUGUGUGGGAGGCAAGUCCGCUACAUGAGAACAAUGUCUCCUCAAUGCCAUGCGCUAUGAGCUUCGCGCGCGAAAAUACAUUUUCCCCGUUCGUUUUGUGAUGUGUGCGUGAAUUGGACCACGUGAUUUUGACAGUCGAAAAAGCCGGUCGUUGCCGACUGUCAACGAGAGUGUUACAGAUAACGAUUUAAGUGUUCCAACAGGCAAUAUUUCGGAGAUGAUAUAAAGAUCAAAGGAGCCACACCAGGAUGGUUAUAAAAUAUAACUUGGCGCAAUUUCCGCCGGCUAUGGAGUGUUUUCGAUAUGCAUCUUUUCUGAUUCUCCUGUUUGCGAAUCUCUGUUCUGCCAACGAUGGAUUCACCGGCCUAUCAAAAUACCAAUAUGAUAUCCUGGAAUACGAUCUGCUGCACGCGAUUGCAGUGCCGUUCAGGAAUCCAAAAACGCAGUACUUCGACGAAGGUCUCGACGGGUUCCCAGCAUACGGCCUGAAGCCUGGUUCCGACAUAAAGUCUCCGUACCGACUGUUCAUACCAGAAAAACUUUACCCAGAGUUCUCUAUAACCGCCACAGUACGCCCUGCAAAUAAAGAUGGCGGCUUUCUUUUCUCAGUCGUCAACCCUUUAGAAACUGUUGUCCAAUUAGGCGUCAAAUUAAUCCCAUCUGGUCCAGGGUUGACGAAUAUAUCACUGUUAUACACAGAUGCAAAUAUUUAUGCAUUAUCUCAGACAAUAGCAUCGUUUGUAGUACCAUCUUUUCCGAAAAAAUGGACACGCUUCAGUCUGCGGGUAACUGUUGAAAACGUUACUCUGUACCUGAAUUGUCACGAGUUUAAUACCGUGACUGUAAAGAGAGAACCAUUGGAAUUGGUUUUCGAUUCCGCUUCGACGUUGUAUGUGGGCCAGGCUGGGCCAUUGAUCGGCGGGGCUUUUCACGGUGCAUUUCAAGAGCUCAAGUUGUUUGAAUCCCCGUCACAAGCUGCGGUGCAGUGUGUUAAUACCUUUAAGGAUUUCGGUAGCGGCAACGAGUAUGAAGAGAUUGACAUAGACAAUUUUUUGGUCGAUCAAGAAGAUGGCGAUACGGAGGGCUCAGGACGGUACGGAACCAUUCCUCCUUUCCCGCCACCCCCUCCGGGAAUCGACGGUUACCCUCUGCGGCUUCGUGGUGAAAAAGGAGAACGUGGACCAAGGGGCCCACCGGGAGAAUCAAUACGAGGGCCGCCGGGACCCCCAGGGCCCCCGGGUCAGCCUGGAACUCCAGGGACGACUUUAGCAGAGAUUUCGGGAUCUGGCGAUGGCAAAAACACAGUUAAGCAAAUUUUCGGCGAGAACUACUCCUCAUACGGGCAAUGUGGGUGCAACUCGAGCACGUUGCUGUCGCUCCUGCAGACCGCGCCAGAGCUGCAGGGCCCCCCGGGUCCCCCGGGACUGGCGGGGGCCGACGGUCGGACCGGGGCCCCUGGCAUCACUGGUCAAGUGGGACCACCAGGAGAACGUGGCCACGUAGGUCCUCGAGGUGAAAAGGGGGAACGUGGAGACUUGGGUCCCCGCGGGCCGGAGGGGCCAAUGGGGCCCAAAGGUGAAGCAGGGAUAGAUGGAAGACCUGGUAUUCCAGGCCCACCUGGACCACCCGGACCGCCUGGUGCUUCGGAGUAUCAACAUUUCGAUUCGAAUUGGAAACCUAGACAAAUAUACAAGGAUCAUUUGGGCUAUGGAGAACAUUUGGGCCGUCCUGGCGCGCCGGGUCCCAAAGGUGAUGUGGGCCAACUAGGACCCAUCGGACCACAGGGCGAAAGGGGAUUUCCGGGUCAAAAAGGAGACCGAGGACAGUCGGGCGCUACGGGCUCGAAAGGAGAACGUGGUCAUCCAGGGCCUCAAGGAGAUCGUGGAUUAAAAGGUGAACCGGGCAGUCCAGGCCUCGAUGGUCGGCCAGGCAUACCAGGCGCUAAUGGGCGACCAGCAGAAAAGGGAGAGAAAGGUGAACGUGGCUUGCCGGGUCCUCCUGGCCCCCCAAUUUUAGCAUCCGACGACCCUGAAUUCGCCUCCGGAUAUGGGUCGGGCAUUGGAGCAGGUCGUCUCGGUGAAUUUAAUGCUAAAGGAGAACCUGGUGAAAAGGGUGAAAAAGGCAGUCGAGGUAUCGACGGCAUACCAGGAGUUCCCGGAAAAGAUGGGAAGUCAGGGGAAAGGGGGGACAUUGGACCAUCGGGCAUGCCGGGCAUGUCGGGUCCGCCCGGGCCUCCAGGCUUAAAGGGGGAACGGGGUGAAAGGGGACCACCAGGACCAAUCAGCAUUAGUGGUACAGGAACAGAUGUAAUAACAAUCAAGGGUGAUAAAGGCGACGUUGGCCCUCGGGGCAGGAGAGGACGUCCAGGUCCAGCCGGGCCUCGAGGUCUACAAGGAUUACAAGGCCCGUCGGGUCCUCCGGGUAAACCCGGGGAGAAAGGAGAAAGUGGGUCUCCUGGCUGGAUGGGCAAGCCAGGGACACUGGGUCCUCCAGGCACACCAGGGCCAGUUGGCCCCAAAGGAGAAAAAGGAGAUCCAGGCAUCAGCAUAUUAGAUGCAUCAAUGCUCAAGGGAGAAAAAGGAGAACCAGGACUGAAUGGUUUACCCGGAUCUCCUGGGAUAGAGGGCCCGCCCGGGCCCCCGGGUCCACCGGGAGCAAUUACAGAACCCGUACGAUACCUCCCUGGCCCCCCAGGGCCCCCCGGCCCACCGGGGCCUCCGGGCCUGUCCAUUGUUGGUCCCAAAGGUGAACCAGGAAAUAGCUAUUACGAUGAAUAUCCAGUACAUGGAAACACCAAGUAUUAUGGAAGACCAGGAACUUUGAGUGCAAUUGAUCAAUUGAAAGCUCUGAAACCAAAAGAUAAUAAAGAAAUAGAAAAAGAAAGGCAUGUGCCCUUCUCGUCUCCGAUUCAUGCAGACGAAUCCAAGACAGAACCGAAAUUACCUUCUGCAGCAGUUUUCCGAACCACAACAGAAAUGAUGAAGUCUGCAGCAGGCAGCCCUGUAGGCACUCUAGCGUACAUAAUAGAAGAGCAAGCAUUAGUGGUAAAAGUUAACAGUGGAUGGCAAUACGUUUCGUUGGGAUCAUUGGUGACCCAUCCAACUCCAGCGCCAGCUUCCACGUCGUCUCCUCUGAAAGCUGCGAUACCUGCCGAGAGUCUAGUCCACCAUCCAUCGCUAUCAAAUGCAGUAGACGAUGCCGCUUAUACAGGACCUUACAUCCACCUGGCUGCGUUGAAUAAUCCGAUGCCUGGGAAUAUGUACGGGGGCGUUCGUAGCGCGGACUACGCCUGCUACAGACAGGCGCGCAGGGCCGGGCUCAGGGGUACCUACAGGGCCUUUAUUACCAACAGAAUCCAGAACCUGGACUCGAUAGUCCGCCCUUCGGAUCGUCACCUGCCCGUCCUCAACAUGCAGGGGGAGGUUCUGUUCCGGUCGUUCGCGGACAUUUUCGACGGGAGCGGAGGGGUGCUAGCUUCCACUCCCAGGAUAUUCAGCUUCAACGGCAAGAAUAUCAUGACUGAUUCGCAUUGGCCACUGAAGGUGAUCUGGCACGGCGCGCACGCCAGCGGCGAGCGAGCGUUCGACGCGUUCUGUGAGGAGUGGCAGAGCAGUGAGCCCACCAGGAGAGGCAUGUCUGCGUCCCUCUACUCUCGCAAGAUACUCUCACAGGAGCGGCACUCUUGCGACAAUCAUUUCGCAGUACUUUGUGUCGAAGCAACAUCGAAUGCUAGUAAGAGAAGUAAAAGACAAGUUGAUAGGUAUAAUUCUACAGGUCUGUUAGAUGACGAAGACUAUUUAUACAAUGCAGAGGAAUACCAACAGCUGCUAAAUGAAAUAUUUGCUCAACCGUUCCGAGAGAAUUAGUUUAACAACCAUAAUCCAUGUUGAUUCACGUGUGGCCUCAAGGGGUCAUGUCAUAGGGGGGUCAUUAGGAUUUUCUUAGUCCCGAAGUCCCCGCCAACUAGAGGUGACAGUUGUCUCAAAAGUCAUUCACUGAGAAACCGGAAAAAUUAAGGUUUUGUUAAGCUGAACGUAUAUAUAUUAUUUUAAAUGUGAAAUUUAACAGAUGCUUACUGGAAUAAUAUCUCAAAAUAUAUUUUAAUUUCAGCGAAAUUUGCAAAAUGUACUAAUUGAAACAAUCAAUAUUUCUGGAAACUUUGUUGAGUUUAAAUGCACUCUGUAUUUAAAUUUCGAAUAACAGUAUUUAUAGGUACUUAUUUUAUAUGAACCAAUGCAAUAGUGCCAUUUUGAAUCUCCCUGAAUUAUAUAAUCACACGUACUUUAUGUACUUUAUAAAUUAAAACAAUACCAUUGAAAUACACAAAUUAUUGAGAUUCGCAAUUUAUAAUGAGAUUCCUAUUAAGCUCUAUGCUUAUGCCAUGAAAUUGAAGUUACUAAAUCGUAAUAAGUUUAGUCAAAUGUAGUUACUUAUAUGAUAAAUCUUUUAUUAAUCACCUUCGCCAUAAUUAAGCUAUUGUAUAUAUUAAAAUUAUGUCCAUUUUUACCGACACUGCAUGUAGUGGCUGGACGGAUAUAGUUUUAGAGUAUAAUUUGUUUAGAUUCAGAUAAUGUUUACUGUACUUACUAUACUGUAUUUAGUUUAUUUAUAUGAAUAAGGUUUUGUAUUGUAGUAUUUAUUGUAGUUUUUAUAAUAUGUACAAUAACUAAUUUGUUGAAUAAGAAUUGACUGAAAUGGUUGCAAAAUACUUUAGCGCGACUUACGUCAGUAAGGGCCAGUUUCACCGCUUUCUGUCAAAGAGUCUGAUUAGUCGUAAUCUGUUCGAUUGUUACAUAUAGACUAGGUAACGAUCGAAUAGACAGAUUGCGUUAAAAUUUGUGUUUCACAAGUGUUGGGUAGUAGGGUACUUUGUGUAGCAGUCAGUUUAUCUGUCAGAUUGCAUAUAUAUGUAUGUAUAAAGAUAUUAAUUAUAUUUUAUCAGAAAGUGGUGAAACAAACCAUCUUUUAGCAAUCUCACAGUUUCAAUUUAAAUAUAAAAUUGUUGUUGAAAUUAUUAUUAAUGUGAAGGACAUAUUAUCAUGAUCAGUUUUAAAGUACAAAAUUGAAAUAAUUCGUGAAAGCAAUAGUACCAGUAUAAAUUUUGUGUGUAUUUUCAUAAGUAGUUAGUUAUAUCCAAUAAUAUUUAGGAAUUGCAAUUCUCACGUUUUCGAAUUUUGUAAUUAAGCUGUUUUUAUUAAUGUAUAUAUUUGUUAUUUCUAUUAUGUUGUAUAAAUUCAAAAAAAUAAAGCUUUAGAUAUAAAAUUGACUUACAUCACUAUGUGAUCAGACUUUCAUUUAGGUAGUUUAAUUAUACUACAUUUUUUUAUAAAAUGUACAAGUAUUUAUAAAAUGUCAAAUUUUGAAUAAUUCCAGUCUAAUAUUUUAAUUUAAGAAUAAGUUCAAAAUAAAAUAUAACCAAUUAUGUAUUUCAGGUUGCACAGAAAACGACUAAAUAUAUUUCUUUCUCACUCAUUGGAUAUCAAAUUUAAUCGGAACUACAAAUCAGAACCACCCUUGUAAAUAUGUUAUUUUAUCAAAUCAUUUAUAAUUUUACUACACUUAUAAGGAGAUUUACCAUUGUAUUUAAGUAUAUAAUAUUUAAGACUAGUCAUUAUUUAACUGUUUUACUGUUUUUAUCAUCAUAUGUAAUAUUUAUUCCCAGUGAAUGGAGUAUGAAAAGCAAACCAAUAAUAGUAUAUUUGAAAAAUGACUAAUAAAAACUUGGUUUCUUUCUUGACCUUUUUGAAAAAAUGACCUUUUUUUAAAAAAUAACUAAUAAAAACUUCUUGACCUUUUUGAAAAAAUGACAAGUAAAAACUUGGUUUCAUUCUUGACCUUUUAAGUUGAUAAAUCAUAAUAAUUCACCAGUUUUAUAUUAAUCAUAAUAUCUAGGUUUAUUUUGGUUAAAAAAUAUGGACCUAUAUCUAUAUACCUAUAGAAAUGUCUCGAUUUUAAAAACAGUAAAACGAGCUUGUAAAUUGACAAUGACAUACCACAAGCAUUUACGAUUAUAUUUUAUAAUAAUUUUAGGCUUUGCGUCGAAUAAAUAUGAUUCGUAUUAAAAUGGCUGACUGUAUUUAGGUAGAAUUAAAGUUAAAUAAAUGUUUUCACUGUAA